AAGAGACCAAAAAAAGAAAAAAGAAAAAAGAAGGAUAAUGAAAAGGAAAGUAUAAUUUACAGUUUUGCACCAGUGGGAACGUGAAAUGCAAAUAUUAACCCCAGUAGUAUUGGAAUACUAUAAUUAACCCCAAAUUGUUACAAGGUCUAAAAUCUCAUCCUCCUCAUUUCCCCUUCUUCCCCUUCCCUUUACACAAAAUCACUGUGAAACAGAACAGCAACCAGAACGCGCCACCAUCAACAACCAGCCAGCCAGCCAUGCGGAGCUUGAUUUCUCGCCAGAAAUUAUGGAAUCUCACCUCGCAAAUGACUGGCGUUUGCCGCCCUCCUGCCAUGAUGACUAAGGCUCAGAAUCAGAGCCGGCGAUACAGUUUGAUUCCGAUGGUGAUUGAACACUCUUCAAGAGGGGAAAGAGCUUACGACAUCUUCUCCCGCCUUUUGAAAGAACGAAUCAUCUGCAUAAACGGCCCCAUCGCUGAUGACACCGCCCAUGUUGUGGUUGCUCAGCUCCUAUUCCUCGAAUCCGAGAACCCUUCCAAACCUAUCAACAUGUACCUCAAUUCUCCCGGAGGCGCUGUCACUGCUGGUCUGGCAAUCUAUGACACGAUGCAGUACAUUCGAUGCCCAAUCAACACUAUAUGUAUGGGCCAAGCUGCUUCAAUGGGUUCUCUUCUUUUGGCGGCUGGCGCAAAGGGUGAAAGGAAAUCUCUUCCAAAUGCAACCAUUAUGAUUCAUCAGCCAUCUGGUGGUUAUAGUGGACAAGCGAAAGAUAUGACCAUUCACACUAGGCAGAUUGUUCGGGUGUGGGACACCCUUAAUGCUAUAUAUGCAAAGCACACUGGCCAAAGUAUAGAAACAAUUCAAAAAUUUAUGGAUCGGGAUCAUUUUAUGACACCUGAAGAGGCAAAGGAUUUUGGGAUAAUUGAUGAGGUUAUGGAUCAGAGACCAAUAACUUUAGUCACUGAUGCAGUUGAUAAUGAGAAAAAAGAUUAAGGCGGAAAGCGGAGUGGUAAGCACUGUUACCCUUACUUUCGUUCCGAAGUUGUCAAAUUUGCUUGACCAGCACCGUUUCUCAACUUGGUUGCAUCCUCUACCUGACUUAGCACGCCUUUUCUUUCCUUUUCCUCUCAAGUGUUUUCUGUGUUAAAAUUUACUAAGGGUAUGCUUUCAGUUUGGAUGAGUCGUCUGUUUUUACUGGGAUUGAAUUUUAUUUUUUGAACUUUUAAUCCUUUGUUGGAAUUAUUUGGUCAAAUCAAGCUUAGUGAUGGGGCAUAAGCCUAGUGCCGACGAAUAAGGGUGUGAUCUUCGGCAUUUAUCCUAGCUGGAAACUUGAGCUUAUCAUUUUGGAAAAUAGAGAUGGAAAUUAUGAAUAUGAUGUCAUGUAACAAUGGGUAAGCCUAGAUCACUUAACUAUCAAUUUCUUUUUGCUCAAUUGUGUAUGGUUACUGUCCUCCAAUUUUCUUCUCCCCAUAUAUACAGUUCUAUUCAUAUAGCCAGUUACAUAUCCAGUUUUAAAGUGUAUGCCACACAUUUCCAGUCCAGGUAGACUUUUGAGAUUGGGUGACAGUAGUUAUCGCAUUGGCGUGUUUAGUUUUACUUUCAAAACUAAUACUCAUCUGUGGGUUUUUCUUGGUUCAGGGUGUUCUUUCGUGAAUGAAGCUACAAACUUCUGCAAUCAACCUUGUGGCUGUCGAUCUGGUUGCUUUUCAUAAAGAAGAGAGUAAUUUGCAUCGGAUUUGAACUAGGUGUCUUUCAUAAAGAGGCUAAAAGACUAGUUUGCCUUGUCUACGGCACAUAGCUAAUAUUAGUCAUUCUUCUGUCCUUUUUGUUUGGUUUAUGUAUUUCUGCAGUCGAUAGUAGACAUUUUUUUAAUUUGAACUCAUUUUGAGCAUCUUUUAGUCUUAGCCCAUGAUGGCUCACUUCAUUCUUUUUCCUAACCUUUUGGCUCGCUGUUGGUUUUGCAUUGUGGGUCAAUCAUUUGUGUACAUUUCAAUGGAGUUAAAAAAUUUUGUUGGAAGCAUAUCAAGG